AUGUCCGUCGUCAGGAUCUUUUUUGCGGCCCAGCAGACAUUCCACGCCGAGACGAUCAGGCAUGACCAACUCAUGGAUGGCCGCAUUUGCUCAUGGCAUUCAGUGGAGGAUAUCGUGUGCCACAAGGAGCAAGAUGAGAGAAUCAAAAAGGCCAAGGCGAAGGCCAACCGACGGGCUGCCGUAUAA